AAAGACUAAAUUUAAAGAGUUGAAAGGGAAGCAAUAUGGCGACGGUCGAGGUUGAAAAUCCUUCUGUUCACACAUGUGAAACAUCGGGUUGUGAUAAAGAAGCAAAAUUACAAUGCCCUUCAUGCAUCAAGCUACAAAUUCCAGGAUCUUUCUUUUGCUCACAGGAAUGUUUUAAAGGAAGCUGGGGAGUGCAUAAACAAGUCCACAAGAGAGUAAAAGAUCUUCAAAAGAAAGAUGUCAAACCUUAUAUCCCUUGGCCAGGAUUCUUCUUCACAGGGAAGCUGCGUCCAUAUCCUCGGGGUCCUUUAAGAGAUUUACCAGAUCAUAUAGGAAGGCCAGACUAUGCAGAUCACCCAGACGGUUACCCGGCUAGUGAGAUGGCUGUACGAGGGAACAGUUACAUCAAACAGCUAACCAAGGAUGAAAUAGAAGGUUUAAGAGCAGCAUGCACAUAUGGCAGGGAAGUCCUUGAUGUAGCAGCGGCUAUGAUUAAACCUGGCAUCACAACAGAUGACAUCGAUGCUGCUGUUCACCAAGCGUGCAUUGAUAGAAACUGCUAUCCCUCACCACUCAACUAUAGGGGAUUCCCCAAAUCAUGUUGCACGUCAGUGAACGAGGUCAUAUGUCAUGGGAUUCCAGAUCAGAGGCCGUUAGAGGAUGGUGAUAUAGUCAAUGUUGACAUCACUGUAUACUACAAUGGUUACCAUGGCGAUUUGAAUGAAACUUUCUUUGUCGGCAAGGUAGAUGAGAAAAUGAAAGAACUAGUGAAGGUUACAUAUGAAAGUAUGAUGCAAGCUAUAGAUAUAGUUAAGCCUGGAGUGAAGUAUCGGGAGGUCGGUGCUGUCAUACAGAAGCACUGCCAAGCACACGGUUUCUCGGUCGUCAGAUCAUACUGCGGACACGGCAUACAUAAACUCUUUCACACGGCACCAAAUGUUCCAUUCUAUGCAAAAAACAAAGCAGUAGGAGUGAUGAAGCCAGGACAUGCCUUUACUAUAGAACCAAUGGUUAACAUAGGCGUUUGGAAGGAUACCCUGUGGCCCGAUGACUGGACGGCAGUGACCACUGACGGCAAAUGGUCAGCACAGUUUGAACAUACGAUGAUCGUCACGGACACAGGUGUGGAGGUACUGACGGCGAGGGGUGAAGGACACGGGAGACCUCAUUUCUUAGAUCAGAUGGACUCAUAGUAGGAGUUUGAUGCAUUGGGGUCUACCUUGGACGAGACUUCCGCAAUUCUGCUUUUCGGCUUCCGCAAACCGUUAAGCAGCCAGGAUCCUAGAUUACCUCUGGGGUAUUUUGUGGAACAAUGGUGAUUUUCACCCGACUAUUUUUGAUAACCCCAUUUCCAAGAUCAGACGGACUCAUAUAGUAGGAGUUUUAUGUAUAAGGGUCUAUCUUAGAUGCAUCUUCUGCGAUUCUUGCAACGUGCCAUGCAGCCAGGAUCCUAGAUUACCUUUGGAGUAUGUCAUGAAGCAAAUAGUGAUUUUCACCCGACUAUUUGUUAUAAGCUACUGAAAUCCUUGCAUGGCUGAUUGGCUAUUGGCUAAAUGAAUAUCAUGAAAUGCUUCCCUGGUAUCCAUUUGGCUAUCACUUUUCCAGUUGACAGCUAGAAGCUAGUGUGGAUUGCCAUGAUACAAGUUUGCAUGAUCUUUUUAGGACGUGGGACCCAGGUAAGAUGUUAGAAGACAGUUUAGAUUAAUUAGCAUUGUGACUGCCUCACACCGCAAACUGGCUGGAACAUUCCCAAGGGAAUGGGUUAUGCUUUGUUGUAUGUGGCAAAAGUCUGGUUGAAACAUAGGAUGAGGGUUUGAUCUGUAGAGGGCUGAGGUACAUUAACAAUUUAUUACAGUUCAAGUCCACCCCAACAACAAACAUUUGGUUAGCAAAUUAAGAAAAGCAUAAAACUGAAAUUUUAUCAAAAUUGGAAGAUGUGAAAUAAGAUAAUUUCGCUUCAUUUUACAGAACACUUAUAUGCUUGACAUGGGUGAUAUGCUAAUGAGAGAGUAGAAUGUGUGACAAACACACUUUUUCUUUAUUUACUUCUUUUUUUUUUAGAUAUUAUAUUGAGGAUCAUUCUGAUUGAAUUAUAAUAAUAAUUCCAUGUUGUAUAUGAUAUAUAGAUAUAUGA